AUGUCACAAGUCUUUUGCCACGCUCGAUUGGAUUUCUCCCUCUACCCAAUCCCUGUAUGCUCAGCCUCCCAGGUAGGAGUCGCUGAGGCGGCAACUUCGUACUUGGCUUUGUUGCAUCGUUGGAGUGCAGCAUUGGUACUCGAGAUCACCAUUGAUGUUUCUACCCCAGCUACAACACAAGACAACAAUGUUGUCCUUCUCCAUUUUCAUGGAGGAUUCUUGUUAAUUGGAGAAAAGACAACAUUUCCGCCUUACUGGCUAAGCAACGCAUGCAAAAAUAGAGGUUGGACAUACGCGACUGAUUCAUACCGGUUACUGCCAGAAGCAGACGGCCGUGAGAUAUUGAAAGAUGCCUUAGACGCUGUUCACUGGGCCUAUAACAACGUCUCGCGUCGAAUCGUUAUAGCUGGCUCUAGUGCAGGCGCUCAUGUAGCUUUUACAGCAACAGCUAGCCCUUUAUGCCCGAAACCUCUCGCGAUACUAUGCAUUUACGGCAUGCUUGAUUUUUUGAAUAGUCGAUAUAUUCAUUCUGGACAUCGUCUGAGAGAAGGUGUUCCCAAUGAAAAUGAAGUCCUGGAAGAGAUUGAUGCUGCUAUGCAAGGUGCUAACGCAAUGAUGGUCACGGAUCAACUAUUCAAGUCGGCUUCUACGAUGCAUCAGGCAGCACGAGAUAUUGACGUGCUUACCCGUUCACCUGGUUUAACGGAAAAGAUUGCAAAGGAAGGUAUUCAAGCGAUACCGAAGGAGUAUUGGCCACUAUUUCCAGCAACCUUGGGGCUAAAUGAAAACUUUCCGUCAACUGUUCUCCUUCAUGGAGAUGUGGAUGAUUUGGUUGAUUUUGGGCUGAGUUCAUCCGUUGCUUCAAAAUUUGAAACUUUCGGGAUCGAUGUUCAUUUGGAACGCGUCGUCGGUCAGGGCCAUGGCUUUGAGGCACAUGAGUAUAUCGACUUGGAUGUUGAGGACUGUGUGGAAGACCGGCAUGGGAAGAGAGAAAGUCUUAAACGAGUUGUUGAGUUGCUUGAACGUUAUGCUAAGGAGAGCUGA